UAAACAAACAGGAGAGGAGAGGAAACGAGCAGCAGCAAGACACUUUGCUGGCUGUGCCCUCCCUCUGUGAUAUUUUAUAUUCUUUGUAUCCGUUUUUGUAUCAAUUUGAUAUUGUGUUUCCUAGAAACUUUUAAUACUUUGAUACACUUUGACUUUUUCUAACGUCGAAGCCUGGAGAGGAUUGGCUGUAGCUUGCUAGCUUUGGCGAACACUGGAUUUUUCCCCCCUCUUUUUUUUCUCCCUUUUGACAAAGGCUUCUGAUGAGGCUGCAAAUGCAGUGAGAAAGACUUUCAAACCACGUCGUGUUUUAGUGUCGUCCGGUGUAGAAGUAACCGAUGCACUGUCUUCCUUUUCUCUGAAAACGCGCCUGCUUUUUUGCAAAGCUAACGUUGACAGCAGCCUCCGAGAGAAUGACGGCUGUCCAGCUAAUAAACAUCCAACGGUUACUGGAGGCAGCGGAAUUUAUAGAAAGGAGAGAAAGAGAGUGUGAACACGGAUAUGCUUCGACAUUUCCUUCAAGUCAGAACACAAACUACCAGAGGCAAAGAAAAUUCCGAAAUAAGAAGUUUAGCAGUAACCACAAUAGGUCUACACACAAUGAGCUGGAAAAGAAUAGACGAGCUCACCUGCGGCUGUGUCUAGAGCGGUUGAAGGCCCUCAUCCCCCUGGGACCCGACUGCAACCGCCACACCACCCUGGGCCUGCUCAACAAAGCCAAAGCACACAUAAAGAAACUUGAAGAGGCGGACAGGAAGAGCCAGUACCAGCUGGAGUCUCUGGAGCGCGAGCAGAGGCACCUCCAGCGUCAGCUGGAGCUGCUGAGGGGCGGCGGCAGCGCCGCGGCCCAGAGCAGCCCGGGGGAGGGAGAGAGGAUACGCAUGGACAGCGUGGGCUCCACCCUCUGCUCCGACCGCUCCGACUCCGACCAAGAAGAGAUCGAGGUGGACGUGGAAAGCACGGAGUUCUCCCAUGGAGAGCUGGAUAGUGUCAGCACGGCCAGCACCAGCGACCUGGACGACCACAGCAGCCUGCAGAGCAUGGCCAGCGACGAGGGCUACUCCUCCUGCAGCGUCAAACUUGCCUUUUCUUCCUAGAGCCCCCCCCAAACACAAACACACACACACACGCACACCUCCUCCCUGCCAAACCCGCCUGCCCUUCCAUCUGUUUAUCCAUCCACUCAGUCCUACAAAAACAUACAUCCAGUCUCCUCCUGACGGCGACCACGCCCCCCAGCGAAUAGCGUCCCCCCCCCCCCCCCUCCACUCCUGGCUUUUGGGUUUCCUUCCCGCCUCUCUGCUGCUGAACCCGACACUGGAGGAGCUCCAUCCUCUCUCUCUCUCUCUCUCUCUCUUGCUUUCUCUCUCUCUUCUCUGAACUUUGAGCCACCCUGACCAACACCGACACCAGGGACGCAGCGGCGGUCAUGCAAGACUGCAAACUUUUCUUUAAUCUCGUUUCAAAGGGAGGAUCAGAGCUUGGUCAAUCAAAAAAAAAGAAAAAAGUACACAUAAUAUUGAUUUUUCAACCUACAGCGAAAAUGAAUAGUUGAUUUUUUCUGUCUAUUAUUUCUUUGAACCUUCAAAUGUGUAAAAUUUAAAGAUACAAAACCAUUAUUUUAACUGAAAAAUGCACUUAAAUUCCUAUAUUAUUGAAGAAUUUCCGAGUUUCUGUUUGAUUCUCGCUCCUGCGGCGGGUGUGUGUGCUGAGCUGAUCCCGUCUGUCUCAUCUUGACAUCCUGGUUUUGGGCUGGAUCAACCAAACCGCAUCUGUAAUCUGGACUCCAGCGAACACUGUGGGCGAUCUUUGCCAUAUCAAAACAGCUUUGGGUAGAAAAACAUGGCUCCAACCCCGAUUUUAAUCCUUUUUGGCUUUUCGUUACCUUCGCUGGACACUGCAGAGGCUCGGACACUUGAAUUGGUGCUAUUGUGAAACAAACCAACCGACCAUGGAGGGGGGAAGCAGAUCAGAUCCACCGCCACUAAGCUUUCAAAGCAAACAAAGCUCGGCCAAGCUCGGAGGAAAACGGACACAAAAAUAGAGGGGAAAACAACAAAAAAAAACAAAAAACAUUCCUGUUGAAUGUGGGUGCUCAGUGCAUUUUCAAAGAGUGGAAAUUGUAACUAUGUGUGUGUGUGUAUGUGUGUGUUUUGGUUUAUUUCCCCCAUCAACAAGCAGCUACUACAAGCUACCCUGCACUUGUCUCCUUUAGAGCUGUCCAUAGAAAUGGCACAAAGACGAAAAAACACACACACAAAAAAAAGAAAACAGCAGCCACAAGGAAAAAGUCCAAACGACAACAAACUUUGGGAUAAAUGUCCUUCCUCUUUCCAGCAGUAACAAGCAAUAACUCCUGCAGUUGGUUUUGUUUUGUCAGUUUGAACUCCUUCCCGUGUUUUUAUUUCACUUCUCCUUAAAGACUCGUGUGUGUGUGUGUGAGAGAGAGACCGUCCAACAACACAUUUUUUUUUUGUUUUGUACAUACAAAUAGCUUAAUAAAUUAAAUUGAUUUAAAAAGAUUUAAAAAAAAGAAGAAGAUAGCGCUUUUGGAUAGAUCUAUUGCCUCUGUUGCCGUUUGACCUGUUUAUUGUGCAUUUUUAAAAAAAAAAAAAAGAAUUUGUAAAGAUUUGCCUCCUGCAGUGAGCGUGCUGUUACCACACUGUUACACUCUGCUGCCCCCCCCCCCCCCCCCCCCCCCCCAACAAGAGGGAAACUCUAAUUUACACUCAAUUCAAAAACCACACAGCAGCUUCCCAUCCAAGUUGGACUUCUCUUGGAAGAAUACAGGUUUUCUUUGGCACUGUUGUUUUUUUUUUUUUUUUCUUUUUAAUUUAUUCUACAUGUUUAUUCUCUUGUGUAUCCUGCUCGAGAGCGGCAGGUGAAAAGCUGUAUAUGGCAUUCCACUGGUGGUCCAGUGAUCUGACUGUGGAGGAGGUUCAGGAAGAAGAAAAAAAAACAAACAAACAAAAAAAAAACGGGUUGUAUGAUGUCAAUGUUCUCUAUCCCGACUCCACUGGCAUUCGGAAUUGCACUUCAA